AUGCCGUACUUCAUAUAUGAUGACGUUGACACUUCUGCCGACGACUCUUCCUCAACGCAUUCCCGAGAAGUCAAUGGCAUUCCCAACUCCGAGGACGCCUAUUCUGGGGACACAGAAGGCAUUAUAGAUGAUGGAUACUGGCCUGAAGUUGACGACGAGUGGCUUCCUGACGGCAGACGUUCUUCAGCUCCCCACGACGAGGACGACGAUGCCGCGACGCUUCAGCCCGGCGACCCCCUGCCCUGGGAAAAUGACGAAAUAGGCCUCGUACAGGAUGAACGAGGAAAGACCCUCGGACGGCUGCUCUCUCCCUCUGUGGAUACAUUGGCCAAAUCUCGUGGCUUUACAGUCGCAAUACCCGAGAGCACCCUCGUCCACCCCGUCUCCAGUUUCUCUGGCUUCUGCGCGCCCGCACCCGAGAGGAAGGAAAAAUGUGCCGUCGAAGCACUGCUGAAGAACCCCGUCUCACUGCCCAAAGAUGAAUUCUUCGAAAUUGAACUCGGCCAAUUCGUUGUCUACAGGCACUCGGCGUCUGAUCGCGACAAGCCUCCUCAUCGACGACAAUACCCGUACGAGAUGCGCCCGCUUCAGACACUGUGCACCAAGGGCGCUCACAGCACUCUCUACGCUGACGGGAUACUUUCUCAUGGAGAUGCCAAGUUUUUCGUGCGCGGCAUCGCCUUUGAGGAACUGCCUCUGGGCAACUACGGCAUGGCCGAGCCGACUGUGGGCGACCAGAUCUGGAUCAGCUCCACGCUCAACCAAAGGAUGGGCAAGCAGAACUUGUACUACAAACUCACGACGCCGGCCAAGGAGUACGCGCGCUAUCAUCAUGGGUUCUUGUGGGUCGCCGACCUGGCCAAGCACGUUGUCGAUUACAUGGCUGCCGCUGGCGACAAGAAGCGUCGCGUAGAAUUUCGACAUUUCAAGUCCCACUUUCACAGGUGGCUCAUUCAGGCCCAUGGCCGCGACGCCGUGUUCAACCGAUGGUUGGACCAAUAUGGGAGAACGGACUUUCGGGUGGCCGUCAACGCCUACAGUGACUUUAUCUACAAAGAGGCGCACGGCGUCCUCACCUCCCAGCAGGUGUUUUUUCACACGUUCUGGAAGGAGAUUAAGAGCUACACGGCUUAUAAGCCGUAUGGCUUGGUACUCAACGACGCGUCUGGCCGUGUUUCGGCCGGUCAGUCCCCCGAGGCCGAGCCGUCUGGGCCUCGUGGGUUCGAUAGUGCAUCGUCUUUACUAGGAAGCAACCUGAGAGCUCAAAACGGCAAAAGGAGCAGCACACCUCCACCAACCGUCGUAACCCCCUACAUUUACGAUUGCUUUGCUCACAUGCCCUUUGGUCAUCUGCUCGAAGAGGUCAAUCUCAGCCAGCGGACAGAAAAGCUUCGAAAUGCACUCAUCGAGCAGCAACAUCUCCAGCCAGGUAGUCACGUUGACAAGUCGGCCAGGCACCUCGACACGACACGGGUUGCUCGAGCCAAAGGACUGCAACGUCCAGUACGUGUGGGCGAUGUCAUCUCUACGCCCCGCGACGAAGGCCUGGAUUCAAAAUGGAAGCGAGAGGUGGCCGCGGGGUUUGACGACGUCGAUCGCUGGCUUGGCCUUGUGCAGAGAAUACACAUCAGCAAAGCUGGCAAACGCUCAUUCGACGUAAUUUGGAUAUAUCGCCCCGUGGACACCAUCUGUGGGCAGAUGAAGUACCCCUGGGACAACGAGCUCUUCCUCUCUGAUCAUUGCUCUUGUUACGAUAAGCACGACAAGAUCGAGGAGGGAGAGGUUCUAGAGAUUCAUGCGAUACAAUGGGGUGGCUCGCCGACCUCGGCCGACUUUUUUUGCAGACAGACAUAUCUGCAUGAGGAGCAUCGGUGGAUCACAUUAAAGGAGGAGCAUAAGAUGUGCUCUCAUCGUGCACCACGGGUCGUCGACCCUGACAACUAUCGUGUGGGAGAGACAGUGCUCGCUCUACUCGACCCGUCCGGCAAGCGACUUGAGCCGUGUGAGCUUGUCACGGCACCGACAAAGCCAGGCGUGAAAAUGGAGCUUCGAAGACUAUUGCGAAGAAUAGAGGUCGACCCAUACAGCCAAGCACGCCCAAACGAGCUUGUCUACUCGGACGAAAUUUACAGCGUCCUGCUGGCAGCAGUCUACGGUCGCUGCCUCGUACGUUAUUACAGCCCUGGUGAGACGGUGCAGACGCCAUACGAUCGCGACGGCGUGGGCAACGCCUUUUAUAUAUCCACCUACUUGCAAGAUACGUUGGGGACGAAGACGUGCGAGCCCUUCAGCCAUGAGCGACCGUUUCCCAAGACGUUCAGGCAAGGCAUGGACCCCUCGGAAGGUUUCACCAAGCUGCAGGGAUUCGACCUGUUCUGUGGUGGUGGUAACUUUGGGAGAGGACUCGAGGAGUCAGGCGCCGUGGAGAUGCGGUGGGCCAACGACAUUAACAUGCGGGCAAUCCAUACUUACAUGGCGAACCUCGACGAUCCCAGCCGCGUGAGCCCAUUCGCAGGCUCCAUCGACGAUCUGGCGAGACUUGCACUCGAAGGGCGUUUCGCGAGCAACGUGCCGGCCGUCGGCGAAGUCGACUUCGUAUCAGGAGGAAGCCCCUGCCCCGGCUUCAGUCGCUUGACGGUGGACAAGACGACGCCGAACCAGCGGAAGAACCAGUCACUUGUCGCGGCAUUCGCCUCCUUCAUCGACAUGUACCGGCCGAAGUACGGGCUCCUCGAGAACGUCGUCGAGAUCAUCCAGGGGCGCAAGACGCGAGAGGAGGAUGUCUUCUGCCAGCUCAUAUGCGCCAUUGUCGGCAUGGGCUACCAGACGCACUUCUUCCUGCUCGACGCCUGGACCUUUGGCUCUCCGCAGAGCCGCAGCCGCAUUUUCCUCGCCUUUGCCGCGCCGGGCCUGCGCCUGCCCGAGGUGCCCAUGCAGUCGCAUCGGCCCCUGGCCAUGCGCUCACGGUCCCUGGGACUGCUGUCCAACGGCGAGCCGAUGCUCCGCAAGACCUUCACGCCGACGGCCUUUGCCUCCGUCACGGCGAGGCAGGCGCUCGCCGACCUGCCGGACAUUGCCGACGCCAAGGCAGACUGCUGCAUCCCGUUCCCGGACCACCGGCAGAGCAUCGGCGUCACGCAGCUCCUCCGUCCGCAGCUCGGCUGCAUCCCCACCCGGCCGUGGGGCCUCAACCUCGGCACGGCACACAACAAGGGCGACGGGCCCAUGACGGCGGCGGAGCUGAGCCUGUAUCCGCAAGCGCAACGCCAGGGACCGUCGUCCAAGGCGUUCGGCCGUCUCCGCCCGGACAGGCUCAUGGGCACCAUCACCACGAAGCCGAGCCCCAGCGACGGGUACGGCCGCGCCGUGCUGCACUGGGCGCAGAACCGCAUCCUGACCGUCAUGGAGGCGCGGCGCGCGCAGGGGUUCCGCGACCACGAGGUCAUUCUGGGCACGCCGGCCGAGCAGUGGAAGACGGUCGGCAACAGCGUCGCGAGGGAGGUGUCGCUAGCGUUGGGCCUCUCGUUCCGCGCGGCGUGGCUCGGGUCUCUGAUCGAGGGCGACGAGCACCUGCCGCUGCCGCGACACAUGGUGCGCCAGCCGACGAUGGGAGGCGUGGAAGCAGAGCGGAGAAAGACACAACGACAGCAGCCACCAGCCGACGACGAAGCGACGCUGGUUCAGCGCGAAGGGGGAGACACGCCCGAUACACCCCUCCGCCACCCCGCCGUCGAGCGGUUCACCGCAACGCACGUCUCGCACAGCUACCCGACGCCAGCGAAACACGGCACCCCGCGCAGGGCCAUGACGCCGCGGAGGGCGAGCAGCAGACGCUCAUCCCCCACGGUCGCGCACGGCAUGACAGCGUACGACCCGCACGACGAAUCCAUCUUCGGCCCCGAGACGGGCCUGCCGAUCCGCAAGCCUCGCGGGGAUCACGAGCGCGUGACGGACUGGCGCGGCCGCCGUGCUGUCGACGAGACGUACGCGCCGCCUUCGGACUAUGAGUCUGAGAGGACGACGACGACGUCGCAGGAUCCCGAGGUGUGGACGCCCGAGCCGUCGCGCGACUUGUCGGCCACGCCUGCGACGUCCGUGGAGGGAGAAUCUCGUGUGGAUUCAGCUGCGUCGGCGCGGACGAGGCCGGCCAAUUCGGUCAUGUACAGGUUAUUCACGAGCAAGCGCAAGACGGCAGGAGAGGAGAAGCGAGAAGCAAAAAGGACAUGUCUGCCCUAG